CAAGAGGGCGGGGCCUCCUGCAGAAGCGGCUGCCGAUUGGUCCGGGGUCGCUGAGUCCUCACCUUGUGAUUGGCCCGGAGGUGCCUAUAUAUAAAGCGGAUUGUGCCUGGAAGGUUCAGUUGCUCUGCUGAUUUCUGUCGUUACUGUCGGUUGUCUUGGAAACGUAAAUUGUCAUCUCCGCGUCCUGAGAACUUAUCGCAAUACAAUGAAGGAGAGAAGGAAUCCUCAGCCCGCCGUGGUCAGGUGCAAGCUGGUGCUGGUCGGGGAGGUGCACUGUGGGAAGACGGCCAUGCUGCAAGUGCUGGCCAAGGACUGUUACCCCGAGACCUAUGUACCCACAGUGUUUGAAAACUACACAGCUAGCUUGGAGACGGAGGAGAAUCGCGUGGAGCUCAGCUUAUGGGACACAUCUGGUUCCCCAUAUUACGAUAACGUCCGUCCCCUCUGUUAUAGUGACUCGGAUGCCGUACUGCUCUGCUUUGAUGUAAGCCGACCAGAAAGCCUUGAUAGUGCAUUAAAGAAGUGGAAGACAGAAAUUAUGGACUACUGCCCCAGCACAAGAAUACUAUUAAUAGGCUGCAAAACAGACUUAAGAACCGACCUUAGCACAAUUAUGGAGCUGUCCAACCAGAAACAAACUCCGGUGUCAUAUGAGCAGGGUUGUGCUGCAGCCAAGCAACUGGGAGCUGAGAGCUAUCUAGAGUGUUCAGCCUUCACAUCAGAAAAAAGUGUGCACAGCAUAUUUCGUUCUGCGUCUUCACUGUGUCUGUCUAAACCUGCACCCCCCAACCGUAGAAGCCCUGUCCGGAGCUUAUCUAAGAGACUCUUAAAUCUGCCCAGUCGUUCUGAGUUAAUUUCUUCUACCUUCAAGAAAGAGAAGGCCAAGAGCUGUUGCCUGAUGUAGGGCUGCAUGAAACACGGACUCCUUUUAUUAGAUUUUGGACAUUCCCCAGCGUUCUUUAUCAUCAGUGACAGAGAACGCCGGGCCCGGGGGUGAAGAUCCUGAGAGCAGUAGCCUCACCCCCAGGGAUUGAGCUGGCACAGAAGCUUGGAGGAGAAGGGCUGAGAAAAUUUGCACAAAGACUGAUUGCACAUGAAUGGUGGAGUUGAAACCUGAGCGGUGUGGUGGAGAUGUCCGAAGACCCCCCCCUAGAAUUAAGAAACAAAAAAUAUCCCUUCCCAUACCUUGGCCAACUUCCUGGACUUGCCAGAAAAUUAUCAUUACAGUGUUAACCCUGUGGUACUUGUGCCUAUACAUUAUUGUAUAGGUAGCAGCUGUGAAACUGCUGGUUAAAGUGGUUUUUCUUCGCUGUGAGGACGGUGUAUAAAUUAUUUUUUAUUUUAAUCAACUGUAAAUCUGUAUGUGCUUGAUCUGUGACACUAAAUUUAUUUAUUGAAAAUAUAUGGGCGAAACAAAUCUGGACUUGUUCA